UUCAAACAACUACAUCGGGUUUCAUACAGCCAGAUAAAUCUCUCAUCUUUACUUCUGUUGGACCUGCAAGCACAGAGAAUUCAGCAAAUAUCAUGAAUAACGUUAGCCAUAUCUUGGGAUUGAUGGGUAAUGCAAGCACAGCCAGCAUCAAAAUUGGCCAAAUCAAUGGAGUGAUUGCUAAACUGCCACAACAAAAUCAGAGGAGCAGCAUCUUUGCCUUCACAUCAAAUAUGGAAUUAGAGAUUAUCAAGGAAAGCACCUAUUUGGCAAAAGACUACGCUCUAACAGUUCACCUUCCUAAAGAAGCCAGUGAAAUGGCUGUGAAAAGAAACGCCUCAUAUGUUGGAAUUCUACUUUUUCCAGGAAUCCAUCGGAUUAACGCAACUAGUUUCCUUUUUAACAAUCAAAUUCUGGGGAUUGAAAUGGGAGUCAACAUAGCAAACCUGUCAGAAACCAUCAACAUUAACUUCAGAAAAGUGAAUAGGGCUGGAUUUAAUGUUUCUUGCGUAUCAUGGGAUGGGAGAACUAAACACGAUGGCGCAGACAACUGGAUCACAGAUGGCUGCAAAACAAAAGAGGACAAUGGCAGCAUCAUAUGCCAAUGCUCUCACCUUACUUUUUUUGCGGUUCUCAUGACAUCAUCCGGAACUACAGAUAUCAGCUCAUCUGACUUGAAAACCCUGACCGAAAUCACAAAAGCCGGCUGUGGCAUGUCCUUGUUCUUCUUGGGUGUGGCUCUCUUCAUGCAUUUUCUCAUAAGGAAAAAUAAAGCAAGUGAAGCUGUAAAGAUCCUGAUGAAUCUCUUCAUCGCCCUGUUCAUCCUGAACCUUUGCUUCUUGAUAAAUGAGUCAGUCGCUAACCUGAAGAUCUUUGCAGCAUGUGUGGCGAUAGCAGCGGCUCUGCACUACAGCAUGCUGGCCACAUUCACAUGGUUCUUCAUGCAGGCUUUACACCUGUAUUUUAAUCUGUACAAAAUCCGCACAGAUAUCAAAUAUUAUUUGUGCAAGAUUUGCAUCACCGGAUGGGUCAUUCCAGCUGUGGUGGUAGUUGGACUUCUUGCCUCCAAUAAAUAUGGUGACAUGGAAAUUUCUGCCGAUAAUGUGACUUCAGGAAAUAUGUGCUGGAUCCCUGAUUAUUCAUUGCACUUAGGGGUGAACACUGGUUAUUAUGGCAUUGUGUUCAUCUUUACUUUAACCAUAUUUAUUGCAACUGUAGUGCAGAUCACUCAGUUUUCAUCUAAAGCAAAGAAGAACGAAAUGUCUACCAAGAAAAGGCUUUUCUCUCUCUUGGGGCUUUUCAGUCUUCUGGGCAUCACCUGGGGAUUUGCUUUUUUUAGCUACGGCCCUCUGCUCCUUCCCUCCUACUACAUCUUCACCAUCCUCAACUCCUUUCAAGGAUUCUUCCUGUUCGUUUACUACUACUUCUCCAGCAGGAUCAUUCCAGAGGACAAAAAUCAACUCAAGAGCAACAGCCACUCCACAGAGCAUGUGUGCACCACAUCUUCCUAUGCAUAAGUUCCUCAUUCCUCCAUCUUUAGUUUCUUAUACCAAUGUGGGUAUGCAGGAUAUGGAAAUGUAAGUUGUGGCAAAACUGAAAACUAAUACCAGAAACACUCCAAUUUAAGACUUUGGGAUUCCAAUCUGAUCGAAAAGCUGAUUUUAUUUUCUGCUGAUACCAAUACUUUUCCUUUACCAAAACCAGAUGUUUUACUCCUUCUGAUUAUAAAUGAACCACGUGCAGAAUUUCACACAAAAUGCUGCAUUUAAGAUACAUUUCCAUAAGUUAUAUUCAUGCUUAAGAUAUAUGAUUGAUGAUUACAUAUUAGGCCUUAAAAUGAUACUUACAUACUUAUAUUUCUAUACUUGCCAACUAAGCCUUCUAUGUUCCCUAUUUGGUGCUUUCACAUUGUCUUUAUUCAUAGGAGCCAUCAACAUCAACCAUCAUUUUGAUGGUGGUUUUCAGCUAUUUUAUUUUGUCCUUUUGUUCUUCGGUGUAUACAUAGUUCCUUCGCUUCUUUUUAUCCUAAUUUUGCUCAGUGGUUUUAGUUAAGUCUCACUAGCCUAGUAUUGAGAAUUUGUUGAUUGACAUAUAGUGUUAAUUCAGAUAAACAGCAUUCUAUAGUAAUGUUCUCUGGAUGU